UUGGGAGAAAUAAAUAUGCAAUACUUAAACAAUAUUUUAGCAGAAAAUGAGUUAUUAAGUAACGACGAAAUAUCGUUAGAAACACCUAUAGGCUGGUCUUCUACGUGUUUUAAUGAAACUAUUGAUUAUUAUACAGAAUGUAAUUCUAUUAACCUAAAUAGUGAUCCAACAAAUGAACUAGAAAAUAUUAACUAA